ACCACACACACACUCCUCCCCCAGUGGCUGUUCCUCUAAAAGGCUGCCAGCUCUUUGAUUAUCACUGAGCAUCUUCUGAAGCUCGUAGGAAUGAACUUUGACUUCACACACUCUGACCCUUAACCCUGAGGAAGAGGAGAGAUGAAGAAGCACUUCACGACCAUCCCACUCAUCCACGUCACAGAGGCAGAGCGCGGUGGCGAUGGGAACAACGUCCUCAGCCUCCCGGUGCCGAUGCGGCGGGGGGGCUCAGAGUCCAACCUGGUGACUGACAGAGGCGAGGGAGGUGUGGGCCUGGACUUCACUAAGGGCCGACUGGCUAUCGACAGCCUGCAGCAGAAGAUCCUCAAGGUGACAGAGCAGAUCAAGGUGGAACAGACAGCCAGGGACCAGAACGUGGCAGAGUACCUCAAACUGGUCAACAACGCUGACAAGCAGCAGGUGGCACGCAUACGUCAGGUGUUUGAGAAGAAGAACCAGAAGUCUGCCCACAGCAUCGCCCACCUGCAGAGGAAGCUGGAGCAGUACCACCGGCGCAUGAAGGAGGAGGCCAACGGGGCCAAGCACCCGUCCUGGGAGGCCCGGGGGGAGGGGGGCAAGGAGGGCCAGAAGGACGGCAGCCUGCGGGACAUCAGCUCGGCCAGCAUGCGCCACCCGGCAAUGGACAAAGUCAAGACCAUCGGCCCCGGGGUCUCCCUCUCGCCCCCCUUCUUCUUCAACAAGUCGCGGGAGUUCGCCAACCUCAUCCGCAACAAGUUCGGCAGCGCCGACAACAUCGCCCACAUGAAGAGCUCCAUGGAGACGGGGGCGGGGCUCCAGGCGGAAGGCGGAGCCGGGGCACGGACGCUGAGCGGCAGCGCCACCACGAUUGCCAAGGCCAAGUACCCCAGCGACGACGAAUGUUCCACGGGGACCUCUGUGUCGGCCGACUCCAACGGGAACCCGGCGGGCGGGUCGGGGUUGGGGUCAGGGGGCGGUAUGGGAAGGUCGGACUCUCAGGGGAGGCUGGGGGAGGUGCUGGAGGAGGUCAGGGAGAUUAGGGAGGCCCAGGUACAGCUGGCCGAGGACAUGGAGUCACUAAAAAGCCAGUUCAAGAGAGACUACAGCUUCAUCACACAGACGCUGCAGGAGGAGAGAUACAGGUUUGAGCGGUUAGAGGACCAGUUAAAUGACCUGACAGAGUUGCACCAGCAUGAGACCAGUAACCUGAAGCAGGAGCUGGCCAGCAUCGAGGAGAAGGUGGCCUACCAGGCCUACGAGAGAGCUAGGGACAUCCAGGAGGCUCUGGAGUCGUGUCAGACGCGUGUCUCUAAGCUGGAGCUCCAGCAGCAGCAGCAGCAGACGGUACAAGUGGAGAACACAGACGCCAAGGUGCUGCUGGGAAAAUGCAUCAACAUUAUGCUGGCCAUCGUCACGGUGAUCCUGGUGUGCGUUUCCACGGCGGCCAAGUUCACCGCGCCCCUCCUGCGGAGCCGCGUGCACCUGGCACUCACCUGCGUGGGUUUGUCCCUACUGGCGGUCAUCUGGAAGAACUGGGAGCAACUGCAGUGUGCCCUGGAACGCAUGCUCCUCCCACACUGAGCUAGACUCCUCCCAUGUUAAGCUAGGCUCCACCCAGUCUGUGUUAGUCCCCCUCAUCUGAGACUGACCAAUCAGAUGGUGGCUACAGAGGAAGCAGCACCAGUCACAUACAGGCUUAUUGCGGACACUGAUCUUUGUGUGGUUGCCAAUCUCAAUAGGACAUUGAGCUGCACUAUGCAGGUGGUAAGAUUAUUUAUAAACUUUGUAGGGAAACGAGGGGUCCCCCAAUUGGUUCCCUGUCUUUUGCUGAGUCGUACUUACGUCACCUUUAUUACACUAACACACUGACAGUAUUAAAAACUCAUUCUCCUAGAAGACCUCUGGCUCUGAUCCACACACAGUCUCACUCCCACCCCCCAAGCCACUAGAUACACAUUGAUCCACACACACACUGAGAGGAAUGUCACUUGUGUGUCUGUGUGUGGGUAUGUCUGUGUACGUACGGGGGGGAGGGGGUGUUCUCCAUGUUAGAGCGCGUUGUCUGUGUGUACCUGUAUUGUACUGUACUGUCAAGUGAUGAAAUGUUUUUUAAUUGAAAAAAAAGAAGAUACAAAAGGGAUAAAAUGUUUUUUUAAUGUUUAAGUGUAAUACACACAGAAUGGGUAUCUGUGUCCUUGGUCUGUUUUAGUGUGUGUGUGUGCCUGUGAAGGGGAGGUUCAUUUCUACAAAGGAAUGGUUAUGAACUGCAGGACUGCCUCUUGUUUCUGUGUACUGGUAUGCGGGUUGUGGAUAAAUGGUGACUUAUGUACUUUAUAUAGUCUAUUAACAGAUGUAGUAGAACUGCCACGGGUCUAGUCUAUAAGGGUUAUGUGCGCUCUCUCCCAUAGGAAAUACAUAGACUGACCCUUUAGCCGCUAACAUGCUAACUGUGUGAGCAAUAUCCUCUGGCAGUCUUUGAUGGAUCUGGGGAGAGGUAACCUCUGACGUGAUACACACAAACCAAAUUUGUGAUUCGUCCUUUAAUAUUGAUGAUAAUGUCAUUUUUGUAAAAUACGAAUUAAGCUCUGUUCCGAGUGGGCUGAACAAAGGAAUUUACUUAUACCAAAUGGUUCAGACAGAUUUGAACACUACGUUUUAUGCGUUUUCUCUGAAAUGUUUAAUAUUUUUUGCCUUUUUACAAUGAGAACAGAACAAAAUGAACAUUCUAAAUGCCUUUGAUGCUAUCGUCUGAUUGGACAGAGAUGGGGGGGGUCAAUGCAGCUCUGGCUCCAUCCACUCUGUAAGCUACUUAUCACUGUGAAGAUUAUGAUGAUGAUAGGAGCCAGGCCUGAUGCCUUUUCAAUGCAGUUUCUGUGUUAAACCUGAUAUUUUCUGUGCUUUGGUCUCUGUCUCUUUAAAAAGCCAAAUGUGGGUUGGUUCUAUGUGGCUGGCCGGGACCUUGAGUAAUAUAGUAUGUCAUGUCCUGAACCAUUGAUAUUUACACUGUCCAUUGGUUACUCAGAGUUCUGGCUCUAUCCCAAUUCCUGAAUCUAUUACCUGUCUCUGUGUCUGGAGAGAGAGCCAUAUCCCAGAUUCCUAGCCCAGGAACUAUAAUUCCAGUGUCUAGAUUCCGAUAUGUUCCUCGGAGUAGCAUUGCACGUUGUUGGGUUUAAUCUGGUUGUGGUUUUCCAUAGCACACUUUUUAAAAUGAGAACAAAAUAAAUCCUCUUUGUUUUCUAAAAACUUUGAGUCUUUUUUUUAAAUCAUAGAGCUCUUCUGUAUUUCUACCCUGAACUGAUCCCUUGAUUUGGAAAGUAUUCAGACCC